AUGAGUGUGGGAGUAAGCCGAUCGGGGAGGCUGAAGUGGAAAGGUGCCGACGGAGGGGCACGACGGCAACAAAUGCGAUGCAAGGAAUUGGGGGGAAGGCGGCGACGCAGGUCAGCGGGUCUUUUGAUGCGAGAGUGCAGUAACAAGAUCCCAGCCGAGGAGACCGCGCCACUGGCUGAGCCUGGCACACCUUUGUCCAGUCGGUUCCAAAUGGGAAGGGAAGAUGAGAGGCUGCCAGAUGUGGACAAGCUGUCCUUGGCGUGUAUGGUCGGGCGGCGCAAGACAGACAAAGCGGCCCAAUGCACGAAAGUGGUGCUCAGUUGCUCACUGCUCAGUCAGUCGAGACAAGAUCCGAUUGGCAAGCGGAAGUUCCAGAAGCGAGUCGAAAGCCACCCAGUGGGCUACGUCGUGCGUAUGAUAGCACGGAAGUUCAAAGGAAACAAUUUCACCUUUGUCCAAGACUUGGCCCACGUCGGAAAGAUCGAGAUUCUUCGAGGGUGCAGCCGAUGA